AUGUCCGGUAGUGAUCGGGUGGGAGGCUGGGCACGACUUAAGGGUCGUUUUGCCCCGUUUCGUCUGCCAGUCCGCCCUCAACCUCGAGGUUGGCGCCCAGUGGCUCUGCGCCCGCCAUACCUGAUCUCCCUUAUAUGCUUGAUGUUAACGAUGCUGCUGGGCCUGGAAGGGUUGCGGCAGUAUAGUGAUCGCGAAGGUGGAUUGGUAUUUUUCGACUACACGGAAGAUGUCAACGCCGCACAAUCUUUUGCCUACAAUUAUCUCCCUAUCAUCAUCUCCCUCGUGCUCGUCUUGGUAUGGACCGUGACCGAUUUCGAUGUCCUCCGUCUGGAACCAUACUUCCAAUUAUCCCGACCCGAGGGAGCGCCGGCGACCGUCCUCUUCAUCAACUACAACUUCGGCCAAACUAUUAUCACUCCGAUAAAUGCCGCAAUACGUCGCCACUGGGUCGUAUUCUGCGUUUCCUUUGUCACGCUCUCGAUCCGAAUGAUUCUUCCCGCUCUACAGAGUACGGUAUUUGAGCUACGCGAGGUGACGGUGGUCGAUCACAACACCAUAAAAAGCUGGACCAACCUGGUGGAUUUGGACACACAAGCGAACUUGAUUUCAACGCAAGCUGAUUCCCUUGACAACGUGUUUUCCUCAAAUGAGCUAUUAUCCCGGGCCCGAUCCGCCAAGUACGCCAUGGCGCCCGUGGAGAUACCAGAUAGCGAGCAAGACGAGAGUACAAUGUGGACUGUUGACCAGACGCUGUAUUGGGCGCAAGUUUCAUGCCAGAAUGUUCCUGUUGGGGACAAGCUCACCGUUGAUAUCGACGAUGCCGAGGGGGCAUUUCCAACAAUUUCGUGGAGCGCCAGUGGUAUUGAUUUUGUUGUUGAUGCAUACGGAGGCGCUCAAAAAUGUGCCCUUGAUUUCAAAUACCAGAAUGUCUUCUUCCCUACUACCGAUUACGUGCAAGUACGGUAUUGGGAGCCGAUGAUCGGUGCUGCUGCCGAAGAAGCAUUUCCAAAUCGAACCCAGGCCUUCACGGAAUUUGGCUGCGAUCAGUAUGAUCUAUAUGGUAUGCUCAUCGGAGUCAAUAUUACCAGUCCAAACUCGACUUCGACCUCGACAGGGUACUCCGCGUCUGGUAUGGCCUUUGCCUGUGAUAUCAUCUAUCACAAAGCGGAGGCUCGCGUGACUAUGCACUCCAACAGCUCCAUCAUAUCUAUCAAAGUCGAUCGAGCCACCACGCGCGCGCUCACAAAAGCCGAGUUCAACAUUGAACACUUCCAAGCUCUGCUCUCUCAACGCGCUCCGUUCACCAGUGACCUGCUCUUCAUCCACGAAAAUUCCACCACGGGGGCUCGGACAGUGACUGAACUCCCUAUCAUCAGCCAGGAUCUAGGAGAUUUCCAGCCUGUGCUAGUGCUCGACACAUCGACCGUCAUGACAGAGACCGAAUUUGAAUCAAAGAUUGCGCGGGAUGUCAAACAGACUUUUGUGCUCACACUCGGUCGCCUGUUUGAUCCCGAUAGUGCACCAAGUAUACUCGCCGCCGAGCGCGUGUCGAACCAAGUCGCUAUCGCUGUCGUUGACUUUGCCGCCCUUUGGUCUGAGCUCAUUCUUGCCCUGGCCACUUUGACUGCGGUGUACCUUCUUUACAUGUAUAGUUCGCGCGACCUGUUUCUCCAAAGUGACCCAGGGUCCAUCGGUGCCAUGUGCAGUAUUGCCGCUGAUAUCUUUCACCCAUCCAAUAUCCUCGCAGAACCAGCGGCGGAAAUCCAUCAGUUCUCUACUCGGCAACUUCGUCGCAUUUUUAAAAAUGCACGAUGUUACUGGCGACCAGGCCCUUCUGGCAACAGGCUGGAUAUUAUCGCUGAAGAUGGUUUGUGCCACCCCUACCCUUCGAAUCAUAUUCAUCCCCGAGAAUUACAACUGACUGUAUCAUCAGGCUCCCCUGUCCAGCUUGGAGAGAAUCUCCGAACCCGUGUUGAUCCAAUGCCUCACUUUCUCGUCAUUCCUUUCUUUCUUAUUGAAUUCUUGGCGCUAGCUGGGGUCAUUAUCCUCAUUGGACUAGUGGUCGCAUCUCUGCUUCGAAACGGCCGCUUCCGCCACCUGACCCAAUCCGACUCGAGUGCGUUCCAGGUCAUUCUUUCCUUCCUACCUUCCGUCGUCGCAUCGUCCGUGGGAGCUCUAUGUACCUCCAUUCACCGAAACCUGAGCGUUUUGGAGCCUUGGGUCCACCUGCAACGCGGCAACGCCUCGGCAAGGACAUCUUUAUCACUGAACUAUUCGUCCCAAAGUCCGCUCGCCAUUUUCUUCAAGUCAGUUCGCAACCGGUCACCUUUGCUGGCUCUCGUAUCGAUUGCGUGCGUUGUUAACAUGGCUUUGACUGUGGUUGCGGGUGCGCUUUUCACUCAACAAUUGACAACCUCAACAUUGGACACCAGCGAUUUGUCAAUGAACUAUAGCCAGUCUAUAUUUUGGCGGACCGACUUCGCCGCAGAAUUCACCGAGUAUGAUUUGAUUCAGACCAGCAUCAGCAGUGGAGUCCCUAUGCUCUCUUGGACUAGCCCAGAUCAGUCUUUCGUCCCAUUACACGUGAACAAUCGCAACCCAGAUGUGACUUACAGCGCUUCAACGCUUGGCGUUGGAGCUGAGCUCAAGUGUGAGCCCCUUUCAUCCGACGCUCUUGUCUACAAUAAAACCAAUGGUCAUCAGCAUUGGCGAUAUGAACUAUUUGAUAAUUCCUCCAUUGAAUGCAUGGCACGCAUGCCACCCUUGAAGAGCAAACAGGAAGGAAUCUCGUUAUCUAUUCACUUCCUGUCCCCAGAUGAUGUCGAGGAAUCGGACAUAUGCCAGACGUCGACCGUUCUAGUUGUCGGCCGUUGGGAUUAUUUGCCAAAUACCCCGAUCACGGACGACAACACAAUUGCAUUGCACUGUGAACCUCAGGCGAGAUUGCAAAACUAUUAUAUCUCUUUCGACCAGAAGGGACAGAUCUCUUGGGAUGACCCUGUUCCCAAAACAUCUAUCACCCAUGGAACCAUGUACGACAAUGCUACCGUGAGUCUCGGCCAGUUCAACAAAGUCUUUGCUGCUAUUCCUAGCAACUUUGUGGGCAAUACUUCCAUGCAGAAUGGAACAUACAACGUUUCUUCCUAUGAUUGGGCAGGCUUCCUUGUUGCCCGUCUCUACGAAACCCAAGACCCCAACUUUGACGCCCUGGACCCCGUUCUUCUGACCAACAUGACUCGCACUGUAUAUCAAUGGGUCUACAGCACCUACUUCUCAAUUUGGCGCAAAAAUUAUCUCGAACCUCUACCUCACCCGGUCCCGGCCACAGAUGCCACCAUUACCCGCGUUACCUGGCGCAUGGUGCCGUCGGGUCCCUCGCUUUCCAUCGCUCUAGCCAUCAUUGUCUUCGACACGAUUGUCGUGCUUUUAGUGUUCGGAACACGACGCGGCCGGUUCCGGGGACCCCGAAUGCCGCGCUCCAUUGGAGCCGUCAUCCCGUGGAUUUCGCACAGCCAGAUGCUUCGUGAUUUUACCGAUACACACAGCUGGAGCAGUGCUAAACGGCAUGCGCAUCUCGUAUCCCUGAACAAACGCUAUGCUUUCCGCAUGUUCAUGGGUGCCGAUAACCGCUUGAGGUACGCCGUGGACCAGGAAACAGAGAAUAUCAAACCUCCCGAUCCGCCGGACGGCGACCCAGAAGUGGUGGCGGACAAGACCACCUCAAUUCAGCUACAGGAGAUUCGAAGUCCACUCUCUCCUACUCCACCAUCUCCUACUCCGCCCUCUGCUACUCCGCCCUCUACUACUCCGCCCUCUACUACUCCGCCCUCUACUACUCCGCCCUGA